CGAAGUAUUUGAUUUUCUUCAAAAAGUCAUAAAACCAAAAACCAUUCUCUCUCGCUCGCUCACGUAAUUUAGACUCUCCUCGCAAAACCCAAAAUCAGAAAACGACAAAAAACAAACCCCUAACCCUAGAUUUCCCGGAUGGCCAGCGACGCCCAAGACUCGCAUCGGAAGCACCGCCGGGCCUCUUCCUCCGACGACGAGGCCGAGAAGUCGUCGAAGCGCCAUAAGCACCGUCACCACCAUCGCCACCACCGUCACCGUCAUGGCAGCAAAAAGCGCGAAGACGAAAUCAAGGCCGCCGUUGACGAUAUUGAAGCUCCUCUGGCGCCUGUUCUGUUAUCUUCUUCAGGUGCGAAUAGUUCUAGGCCAGAUGAAGACGUGGAGGAAGGCGAAAUUCUCGAGGAGGAGGGUGUCGGUGGUCACGACGACGGCGUCUUGAAGACGACAGCCGGCUCUGAUGCCGAGUCUGGUGAAAUUGAGGCUCUUGGAGUUCGCGAUCAGUCUGAUAAUCGAAAUCUGGGAAUUUUUGUCGAUAACAUUGAUAAUAAUUCAAAAACCAUGAGAGAGCACUGUAGUGACGAUGAUACUCGAAUUCAUGUUCAUGGUAAGUCUCGGGAUGAGACUGGGUUGCCUAGACAUUCCAGUGUUGAGCCUCAAGAUGAUUUAGCUUCCAGAUUAGGCAUAGAGGAUCAUGCCAAUGGCGAUUCCCACCGGUUUCACAAAGAGGAGAAGAGGCGGCACAGGGAAUCUAGGUUGCCUUCUAAAGAAAGUGAUAAGCGAAAGCAUUACUAUGAUGAUGAAAAAGUGGAUGAUGAUAGAAGCAAAGUAGCUAAUCGAAAAAAGACAUCCUCUGGAAGUAGUGGAGACAAGCACAAGACCUUGGUAUGUUCAUCAUCUCAUGAUAGGUGCGGGGAUGAUUUACAUGGUAGGAGCAGAUCAAGGUCAUAUGAUCAUGUGAGGGAGAGAUCAUGCUCCCGCAGUAGAGUAGAAGAGGAGGCCCUUUCUAAAAGGAGACGUUAUCAUGAACGAGACACGGCAGUAUCUUUAGAGAAAAGUAAGGCUACGUUCGACUCUGGUGAUGAAGGAAUGGUUCGGAGGCAUGACAGUGAUGAUUUGGCUAGGGAUGAUGAACGAGACCAGAGUAUUAGUUAUAGUAGAUACUCUGUGUCCGAUCGUACCAGAGAGAGAGAGAGGAGUAGGGAGAGGGAGGUGGAUAGGAUUCAGAGAAGGGAGAAAGAACAAGAAAGGAGCAGAAAUAGGGUUCGGAGAAGGGAUGGAGAAAGAGAAAGGAGUAGUGACAGGGAUUUGGUCAGGGACAGUAGAAGGGGAAUUGGACGAGACGAUAGCAGGGAAAGGAGAAGGGAAGAGCGACAUAGGAGCAGAGACACGGAGAACAGGGACAGAAAAAGGGAGGAAGAAAACGAUAGGAGCAGGGACCGGGUCAAGGCUGAUAGGGACAGAGAUAUGGAGAGGGAUCGAGAUAGGGACAGAGUUACAGACCGGAAAUGGGAGAGGCGAGAUGAUAGAGACAGGGGUAAGGGCCGAGAUAUGGAGAGGGAGAAAUAUGAAAAUCUUGAAGACAGCUAUGGAAAUCGAGAUAGGAAUAAACAUUCUGGUCGAUCAAGGCAUGAUGAAGAAAAAUACAACCAGGACAGAAGAAGAAAAACUGAUCCAGCAAAGUUUCAGAGUUCAAACAAUUAUGCUGGGGAAGGGGUUGAAGACAGACCAAAAAGAGGUGAAGAUGAACAAGAAGACAAUGAAGAGAGGGCCACUUUACAAUUUGCUGAGCAGGAAGAGGAAGAUCUGAACAGGAUCAAGGAGGAGAGUCGAAGAAGAAGGCAAGCAAUCUUAGAGAAAUACAGAAAUCAGCAGUCACAGCAAACAAAUGAGUUACAAAAAACUGAGUCACAGUUACAACAACGAAUUGAGCCUCAGGCUCUUUUGGAGGGUGUGGAGAAAGACAAAGAUCCUCAAGUUCAUGCAACCGAAUCAGCUGGUGUUGCCAAAUCUGGUGCAGAAACUGAUGAUGGCAGGAGUGAUGAAGAUGUGUCUCUUGCUGUAUUUUCCAUUUCACCUCAGCAGAAUGGUGAUGCUGCUUCUAGGAUGACGUCUGGUGCCACUGGGCUUGGAGAGGGUACUCCAAAGAGUGAAAGAUCUGAUGGCAUUUUCUGUGAUGAUAUCUUUGGUGAGACCCCAGUUGGAGUUAGAAAAUUGGGCAAAGGGGAUGGUGUUCGAAUUGAAAGGAGUGGUCUUCAUGACAACUGGGAUGAUGCAGAAGGGUACUACAGCUACCGGUUUGGGGAACUACUUGAUGCCCGAUAUGAAAUUGCUGCUGCUCACGGAAAGGGUGUCUUUUCAACCGUAGUUCGUGCAAAGAACCUUAAAGUUGGUAAUGGUGAACCCGAUGAAGUGGCAAUUAAGAUUAUACGUAGCAAUGACACUAUGUACAAGGCUGGUAUGACGGAGUUGGCCAUAUUGAAGAAAUUAGUAGGUCAAGAUCCAGAAAAUAAGCGCCACUGUGUUCGUUUUCUAUCAAAUUUCAAGUAUCGAAAUCAUCUUUGUUUAGUUUUUGAAUCUCUUCAUAUGAAUCUCCGUGAGGUCUUAAAGAAGUUCGGGCGCAAUAUUGGUCUUAAGCUAACUGCUGUGAGAGCAUAUGCCAAGCAACUUUUUAUUGCACUGAAGCAUCUAAAAAACUGUGGUGUUCUUCAUUGUGAUAUAAAGCCAGAUAACAUGCUGGUAAAUGAGGCUAAAAAUGUGCUGAAGCUUUGUGAUUUCGGUAAUGCCAUGUUUGCUGGAAAGAACGAAGUUACACCAUACUUAGUCAGCCGCUUUUAUCGUGCACCUGAAAUAAUUCUUGGCUUGUCUUAUGAUCAUCCAUUGGAUAUCUGGUCAGUUGGUUGCUGUUUGUACGAACUCUCUACCGGAAAAGUUCUUUUUCCUGGUGCUACAAACAAUGAUAUGCUACGUCUUCACAUGGAAUUGAAAGGUCCAUUCCCAAAGAAGAUGCUUCGGAAGGGAGCAUUUACCCAUCAACAUUUUGAUCAGGAUCUGAACUUCCAUGCCACAGAAGAUGAUCCUGUUACAAAGAAGACUAUCAAACGGGUGAUUCUCAAUAUAAAGCCAAAAGAUAUUGGAUCGAUUAUUACAGGUUCUUCUGGUGAGGAUCCAAAGAUGUUAGCUGAUUUUAAAGAUCUUUUAGAUAAAAUGUUUGUGUUGGAUCCAGACAAGAGGUUGACAGUAUCACAAGCUUUGAGCCAUCCAUUCAUCACUGGCAAGUGAACCCUGUUGCUGAUUUUCUGACUCCAGAAUUCCUGUUCCGCUAGAUAUUUGUACAUUUUGACCUAAUUCAUACAGUUUCUAAUCUUUGGGCAUUAUCUCUCUUCUCUGUGAUGGCCUGAGAGCUUUGACACAGUUUUGGCAUGGUUGAAGUCAAAAGGGGUGAUGUUUGGUCAGGAGUACUCAUUACUGGCGGGUUCUUUCAGUGGAGUGUACUGUUUCUAUUGAUAUGUGCCAUUGCUUUGAGGCAACACUCCAGUGCUUAGAUGCUUAAAAGGAACCCAGGAGAAGGCUCUUGCACAGGAGGCAUGUGGCUGCUGCCGGAUCUAAAAGAUAAGAGGUAUGGCCCCCAUGCUCCUGCACUACUUGUAAGUAUAUUCAAAGCAUAAAUUUGUCUAUUUGGGUACUUUUUGUGUUCAUUGUGUCUAGUGUAAUUUUUCACUUCGUAUUCUUUGAUUGGCUAUUUACUUAUUGAUUUUUGCUAAAUCCAUAGAUUGCAUUCUAAUUUGUGUAACAAAAUUCUUUAGACUUGUGUCUGGUGCCUGUAAUGCUGAGAUAUUCUGAUAUGAUCAAUCCAUUGAGAGGUUGUAUACCCUUAUGGCAGUGGGAGCAACCUUUUUGGGCUGUGUCUGUUUCAAUGAAUGGGAAUAUAAAAUACACAAUAAUUUAAAGUAAAUAGGGGCCUAAUAUAAACAUAAUUUAAUUUGUAUAAAUAAACUAAAAUAUAGUUAAAGAAAGUAAUUUCCUUUGAAACUAAUGUAGUUUGUGGAUGUGCGCGUAACCUUUUUAUUUCAUGAAAUUGUUGUCCAGCACUUUCGAACAGCUGUCUUCAGGUUCCUUCGAUAGGCUAUUUUUGUGUUGCAUCUGUUGGCUUAAAAAAUAUCUGGAUACUUUCUUUUGGAAAGUGUUACUUGUGCAGGUGUGUUUUUAUUUUCUUGACUUCUCCAAUACAUUGGUUUUUCUUACCACCCAAUCAUCUGUCUCAAGUUCUCAACCUUCUUAUCUUCAGUAUGUGGGAAUGUUUUUUUUGUUUAUUUAUAAAGAAUAGCUGCUCUAUUCAAAUUUCUAAUUUCUCUGUUCGCUUAUUUGGUAUUCUUUUAUCACAAAGGAUGUCAUUGGCUUGUGUUUCGUUUGUCUAUUUGGUUAUGAUUCAUCCUUUUAUUUCUGCCAUUUUUCAUCAUUGAAUUUAAAAGAACUUGAAAAAGUCAAAGACUAGUUUUGUUUUUAAUCAAAAUCAAGAGACUAAGAUGAUGUGAACCCUUGAAACCAUAAGAAACUUGCAUAUGACCUACAGCCGUUCAAAAUAACUCAAGAAAAUAACAUAAAAAGACAAAAUCCCAACUAAUAGGCUGCUAGAGUUCUGGAACAGUACCCCAAAAAUCCAUAAAAUUGUCAUC